GUCUUUAGCCAUGAUUAUUUACAAAUAAUUAUUUAACAUUAAUAUUAUAAUUUGUCACAUAAUAAUAUUACUCGUGUUAAUUUUACAUACUAGUGGAAAAGAAAAUCUAAUCAUAUAGAGAGGUUAUUUACGAUAAUGGCAUUUAAGACAAUAGUUGUACGUGCUUUGACUUAUGUAUCUUGACUACGUGAAUUGAACUUAUAUUGUAGUUUUGAUGUUCGUCUAAUAAGUGUUAUGAACUUGAUAUUAUUACAAAAAGAAAUUUUUAUUUUGAAUUUAUUAAAAAUUGUGUGUGAAUUUAUCGAUAAUUAUAUUUGAAAAUAUGUCAGAAGACGAAGUAGAAAGUUUCGAGAUCAACUAUGAUUUUGAAAAUGAAUUUAACAUAAAUCGUCCUAGACGAAAACUUUCUAAAAAACAACAGAUGCUCGGUAUUUGGGCAGAUGAUAGUGAUGAAGAUGAACUUUCUGCACGACCUUCAUUCAAAACAUAUAACAAAGGGCCAAAAAAUUAUACAGUUCCGGUUAAUUUUGUUGCCGGAGGUAUUCAACAAGCUGGUAAACCACCAGAAGAAAAAGAGGAUAAAGAAAAAGAUGAUGAUGAUGAUGAUGAUGAUGAUGAUGAUGAUGAUACAAAAACUUCUCAAAGAGAUGGGGAAGGAUAUUUUAAUAGUUCAAGCUCAGAGGAUGAAAAACCAAGUAAUUCUAAACAACGUACGUCGUUCUCAUUAAACGUAGAAGGAGAUAUUGCUGGAUUACGUAAAAAGAGAUAUCAAGUAAAUCCUUCAUUCAUGAAAAGUGGUGUGGGUAGUUGGGAAGUGCACACAAAAGGGAUUGGAGCCAAAUUGUUAUUACAGAUGGGUUUUGAACCUGGCAAAGGCUUAGGAAAGCAAUUACAAGGUAUAAGUGCACCAGUAGAAGCUCAUUUUAGAAAAGGUAGAGGUGCUAUUGGUGCAUAUGGUCCAGAGAAAGGACCAAAAGUAAUUGAAAAAAGGAAAGAAGAAGCAGAGGAUGUAAAGGAUUCUAAGCCUAAAGUAUCCCAAUGGAGAAAAGGGGAUAGCAUUAGUAAUAAGAAAAAAGUUAAAUACUCAUAUCGCAGUGUUGAUCAAGUCCUAGAAGAUGGAAAAUUAAAACCAAAUAGAAAACUUCCACUUUCAAGUGAAAUGAGUAGAGUAAAAGUUAUAGAUAUGACAGGACCAGAACAAAGAAUUUUAAGCGGUUAUCAUGCAAUAGCCGGUGGCCAGCAAUAUCCAGAUGAAACUAUACCAAGUGUUAAUAAAAAGGAUAAAAUUAAUUUUUCUUUGCCGGAAUUACAGCAUAAUUUAAACUUGCUUGUAGAUAUGUGUGAACAAGAUAUUAUACAGAAUGAUAGAAGAACAAGACAUUUGAGUGAUAGAGUAAUAGCAUUAGAAGCAGAGAAAAGAAAUCUGUCCAAGGUUGUAGAUCAACAUGGACAACUCAUUGAUACUUUAGAAAAUGUUCUAGCAGUUGUUGAUAGAUUAAUGGACGAAACAAGUGAGAUAACAUUACAAGAUACUGCUGAUGUAUUUAAAAGUUUACAAGAUAAGUAUUAUGAGGAAUACAAGAUGUAUGAAUUGGGUGAUUUGGCUACUAGUUUUGUGGGUCCAAAAAUAAAAGAUUCUUUACUUUCUUGGAAUCCAUUAAUGCAACCAAAGCAGCCUAUAAAAUUAUUUGAACAGUGGAAAGAAAUAUUAGAGACUGGUACAAGUCCACUUCAAUCAAGAACAAUACAACCUUAUGACCAACUGGUUUGGAAUGCAUGGAUGCCUUCUAUCAGAGGAGCUGUGCAGCAAUGGACAUGCAGACAUCCAGAUUCGUUAAUAGAGUUAUUAGAGCAUUGGAUACCAUUGUUACCUGGUUGGAUUUUUGAAAAUAUUUUAGAUCUAUUAAUACUUCCUAAACUUACUUUAGAAGUAGAAGAAUGGAACCCCCUCACAGACACUGUUCCAAUACAUACAUGGAUUCAUCCUUGGCUACCAUUAAUGCGUAAUUGGUUGGAUACAUUAAUAUAUCCUAUUAUAAGACGUAAACUUGGUUCUGCUUUGGGAGGUUGGCAUCCAUCAGAUAGAUCAGCAAGAUUAAUGUUACAACCUUGGGCAGAAGUAUUUGCAAAGGGUGAUAUGGAAGCUUUUCUAGUGAAAAAUAUUAUACCAAAACUUCAAAUAGCUCUUUCCGAGUUUGUUAUAAAUCCACAUCAACAGCAUUUGGAUCAAUGGAAUUGGGUAAUAGAAUGGAAAGAAUUAAUACCAUCCCAUAUAAUGGCGAAUUUACUUGAUAAAUUCUUCUUUCCUAAAUGGGAACAAGUUUUGACUUUUUGGUUAAAUCAUUCUCCAAAUUACGAUCAAGUCAUGAACUGGUAUAUGGGAUGGAAGGGAAUGUUGAGCGAUAAGUUAUUGGCAGAACCAUUAGUGAAAGAACACUUUAAAAAGGCGAUCGAUAUGCUAAAUAGAGCCGUGGCUGCACCUCCGAGUCAUCAACCAGGAGCUGCUAUGGACCAAGUUUCAUACUUGAACAAUUUGGAGAGGAAUCAACCGACGAUAAUAUCAUCAGUGGUACAACCGAGGAUGGAGAGGUUGGCAGAAGCAGUGAGAAUAGCAGCACCACAAAUUCAUUUAGGCUUUAAAGAUCUCAUACAGAGAAAGUGUGAAGAACGAGGUAUCCUUUUCAUGCCUAUUCCAAAUAAAUACAGGGAAGCGAAGCAAGUUUACAAAGUGGGUAAUGUCCAAGCAUAUAUAGACGGUAAAAUGAUAUUUGUUUAUCAUAAUGGAACCAAUUGGACGCCGACGAAUGUGAACGCUUUACUCGAUAUGGCGGAACUUUAGAUAUAAGUUUAAAGAUCGACAAAACUAUCGUUUAACAUUAGAAUUUUUAUUUAUUUUAAGAAUUAAUUUUAAUCGAAUAUAACAAUAUUUUAUAAUGUUAUUCGAUAAAUAGAUAUAUGAUUUUUGUUUUGUACAUAUUAUACAUAAUUAACGAGUAUCAUGUGAACGAUUUUAUCCAACGAGAAGUGGAAAAAGAAAACAAAAAAAAAAAAAAAAAAAAAAAAAAAAAAAGAAGAAAAAAAAAAGAAAAAAGAAAGAAAGAAAAAAAAGAUGGUAAAAAGAAAAAGCAACAAUGUUGUAUGUAAAAUAAUAUAUGCGUAAGAAUUUGUACGUAAUAUCUUACAAAUAUCAAAACACGAAUAGCAUUAAA